AUGGAUUUCGCAUCACUCAUGGCCAAGGAAAUCUCCAAGGCCAAACCAAGCGACACAAAAGAGAAAAAAGAAAGCAGCAGCAGUAGCAAAUACCAGCGCCGAGCCGACAUUGAGGCAGCGCGCAUCGCAGCCUACAACGCCGAACAGGAGAAACUACAACGAGAACGAGAAGAAAAAGCGGCCCUCAAACGCAAACAUGAAGAAGAUGAGAUGGAGCGGAAACGGGAACGAGAAGAAAAGAAGCGCAGAUUAGCGGAGGAGUCGCGCAAAAAAAGAGAAGCUGAAGAGGAGGCCGCUGAGCGACAGAGGAGAAAGAGGUUGGGUUUACCGGAGCUACCACCACGGGCAAGCGAGGAGGGCACGCCGGUGCCGGAAGAGGAGGAUGUCGAUGAUGAAGAGUUGAUCAAGAAAUUAAGAGAGCUAAAUGAGCCGGUCACUUUAUUCGCAGAGACACACAAAGCUCGACUCAAGCGCUAUCGAAAGCUGGUCCAACGUUCACUCACGCCACAACUCUCCAAGGGCCCUAUCCCGACUACGCUGGAAUUAGUACCUGAGAAAGACAUGAAGAUACCCGCCAAAAUCCCCAAGGAUAUCGACGAAGAAGCUAGAAAAUUCCUAUUCAGGCAACUCGCAUCUUAUUUCACAAUGCUAUUGGAAGAAUGGGCAAUUGCGCUUGCUAAACGAGACACAUCUGUUAAGGAGAGCUUUGCCGGUCGGCAGGCGUUCAAUGCCAUGGUGCAAAGUAGGGAUAAUAUGCGACCAUUAUUCAAGAAAUUCGAGACCGGGGAUAUCGACCAUACGGUUCUGGAAGCCAUUGUUGAGAUUGUGCAUUGUGCACAGGAGAGAAAAUAUGUUGAUGCGAAUGAUGGGUAUUUGAGACUUAGUAUUGGAAAAGCAGCGUGGCCAAUCGGUGUGACCAUGGUGGGUAUCCACGAACGUUCGGCGCGAGAAAAAUUGCACGAAAGCGACAACAAAGCCCAUAUCAUGUCGGAUGAAGUUACGCGGAAAUAUUUACAGAGUAUAAAGCGGUGCCUGAGUUUUGCGCAGGUGCGAUGGCCGCCCGAUGAUCAGUUGCAACUGAUGGGUUAG